ACUAAAGCCAUUUUGGGGACGGUGUCAGUUUCCAGAGCUCCAGCAAGCAGAGCAGAGCCGAGCCACGCACAUACGCUAAUACACACACACAUACACGCACACACACGGGUGCGCACGCACGGCGUAUUUCAAACCACCCAACGGAAAGGUCCGAUUCAGGGAGAGCCUGUUUACCACCGCGGCAUCAACACUGAGAGGAUCCUUGGUUGGUUGGCUGCCUGGUGGGUUGGUUGGUGUGAAGCGGCGCAGCGAGGCUACAAUGGAGCUGCUGCGGUGGAGCCACUGCAACUGACAGCGUCUGCACUUCAUUCCAAGAUGGCCGCUUGGGUAGCAUUCAUUUUCUGCUGAUCGACUCUCAACUUUCAUUGUCUGCCACCAAAGAACCACUGGAAAGAAACCGCCACGGUCUACAGCAGUUUCCCGCCACAUAUGAAGAUGCAUCGAACGACGAGGAUCAAGAUCACGGAGUUAAAUCCACACCUGAUGUGUGUGUUGUGUGGAGGAUACUUCAUCGACGCCACCACUAUCGUAGAAUGUCUGCAUUCGUUUUGUAAAAUGUGUAUAGUGCGAUACCUGGAGACCAGCAAGUACUGUCCCAUCUGCGACGUUCAAGUACACAAAACAAAGCCUCUGUUGAAUAUCAGGUCAGAUAAAACCCUUCAGGAUAUUGUGUACAAGCUGGUGCCUGGUCUGUUUAAAAAUGAAAUGAAACGAAGAAGGGAUUUUUAUGCCGAACAUCCAUCAGGUGACGCUACAAAUGGAUCGAAUGAGGAUCGAGGAGAGGUGGCUGACGAAGAAAAGAGAAUAAUUGCUGAUGAUGAGAUAAUCAGCCUCUCCAUUGAGUUUUUUGAUCAGAGCAGAUUUGACAGUGCUAAUGGGGAAGAAAAGGAAACGGCAAAAGAGACAAAUGUGAAGCGAUAUUUACAGUGCCCUGCUGCUAUGACAGUCAUGCAUCUCAGAAAAUUUCUCAGAAGUAAAAUGGAUAUUCCAUGUACCUUUCAGGUUGAGGUUAUGUAUGAAGAUGAGCCUCUAAAGGAUUACUACACGUUAAUGGAUAUUGCUUAUAUUUACACCUGGAGAAGGAAUGGGCCCCUGCCGCUGAAGUACAGAGUUCGUCCUGGAUGUAAGAAGAUGAAACUGAGUAACCCAAGGACCGGUGCCACCGGAGGCAGAAAGCCAGAGACAGAGAGUGACUCUGGCAGCGAUAAGCCCAGCAGCCCAUCCGCCCAUGUCCCUGCCCCUGCCCCCUCUACGUCCUCCUCCUCAUCCAGCCCAGGCGCUCUGGUCAAGACCCCACACCCAACCUUCCCCCACAUCUCCACUCUCAAUGGAGUCUCCACCAAAGCCAGCCCCAAUGGUCAAGUCUCUUUCAGCAGCAAACCCAGCAAAGGCUCGAUCAACGGCUCCAGCACUUUGGGCUGAUUGAGAGACCUAAGGACACCAAAAUCAUCCAGAGUUGUUCUGUAGAUGCUUUCUUUUUUAACCACCCUCAUUUUUUGUAUUAUAUAUGUUUAAAUAUAUAUACUUGUUUUUGUCACAACGUGUGGGAAAUUUGAAACAUGGCAUUGAUUAUGUUAUGUUUGUGUUGAUUACUAAGCUCUCAUUGGCUGAAGGAGAAUUGUGAAGUAUAUUUUGUGGAUGAAGGAGAAAUUCAAUUGUGUCAUUUUGUAUGAACGCCAAACCAUUCAUUUAGCUUAGAUCAUAAAUGUGUAAAAAUCAUGAUUUUUAUUUUCGUUCCUGUCCUUGAUUAGAAGUGCAACGUUUCACUUACACACAUCCAGGAAUGGCAGGCUUUUGUAAAAAGGCAAUUGAUUCAAUCGAAUUCAAUUGAACAGUUAAGGGCUAUUACGUUUUUGUCAACUGUGACAUCCUUUCAAAUCAUGCCUAUAGUUUCACAUCAAGCAGUGUCCUUCUAACUAGCUGUGAAACACAGAGGUUAGUGUUUAGGCCUUACUGAAUUAUGACCUUUGGAUUUUUCCCACAUUAGAAUGGAUAUUGUCCCCAAACUGCAACUGAGAAUUGAACAUUUUUGCUUGGAUUUAUUCCUCAUGGAUCAGGACUUUUUGCCUUUUAAAAACUGUUUUUUGUGUGUAAAAGGAUACUUCAGUUGUAGUAUUAAUGUUCUCUGCGCUCCACAUCUCUCUGUAAUUCUCAAAACUGUUUGUUUAAGCCAGUGUAUCAUUUCUUGUUGCACAAUAUGGAACCUUUAUCUGAAUAAACGUUUUACAUUUUUAUUACUAAA